AGAAUUGAAGAGUUGGAAUGUGGUUGGAAAGAACUUGAGAUAAGCUUCAAAAGGUUCGAGAGAGCGAGCAAAACUUAACGAGACUUGUACUUCAAAAGACUUGGAGGUAUGUGCUUUAUAUUCUUGACCAUGAUGUCUAUAUAAUGCAAUCUGCUAUUUGUGAUUCGAGAUACAUAAAUUGGGUCAAAACUGGAUUUCAAACUUGAUAUCCGGGUUCGCUGAUUCGAUGAUACAGAAAUUGAUCAAGGGAUCGAGAUUACUUAUCUUCCACACAAACAUCUGUUCAAUACAUUCCCACUCGCUUUCCACUCUCACACCCAACAAAUACCAUAAAAAACCACCUCUAAAAUUCUCCCAAAAGCUUCGGGAUCGCGAUCGCGAACCCAUUCCUUUUGUCGCCGAUGUCAAGGGAUUAAAGGACCCAACUGAGGCACUGUCUCUCUUCGAGGAUUACCAUGAAAGGGGCUUCAAACACCACUAUCCUUCCUACUCUUCUCUCGUCUACAAGCUCGCACGCUCUCGAAGAUUUGAAGCCAUCGACGCGAUUCUCGGCCAUCUACAGGACAGGAACAUUCGCUGCGGUGAGACCCUUUUUGUUGCUUUGAUUCAACAUUAUGGGAAAGCCCAUUUGGUUUCGAAAGCUGUUGAGCUCUUCCAUCGAAUGCCUUCGUUUAAUUGCUUUCGAUCUCUACAGUCCUUUAAUGUUUUGCUUAAUACACUUGUUGAUUGUGGCCAUUUUUCUGAAGCAUGUGAGACCUUCCAGCAGGCUCAUGAAAUGGGCUUCCGUCCUAAUUCGGUGUCGUAUAAUAUAAUGAUUAAGGGUUGGAUCAAGAAGGGUGGGUGGGAAAAUGCCUGUAACCUGUUUGAUGAAAUGCUUGAGAGAAGGGUGCAGCCUAGUGUGGUUACAUAUAACAGCUUUUUGGGGGUUUUGUGUAGGAAGGGUGAAAUGGACACAGCAUUGAGUUUGUUUGAUAACAUGAAUCAGAAAGGGCAUCAUCCAAAUGCUGUUACUUAUGCAUUGUUGAUGGAAGGUUUGUGCUUCGUAGGUAAAUACAAGGAAGCCAAGAAGUUGAUGUUUGAUAUGGAGUUUCAUGGUUGUAAACCGCAGCCCCUGAACUAUGGCGUUUUAAUGACGCAUCUUGGAAAGAUGGGGAACAUUGACGAGGCGGAAUCUUUGAUUAAUGAGAUGAAGAAGAGACGGUUGAGGGCCGAUGUUGUGACUUACAAUAUUCUUGUGAAUUACCUGUGCAAGGAAGGGAGGGUGGGGGAUGCUUAUAAGAUUUUGAUUAAGAUGCGAGUAGGAGGCUGCAAUCCGAAUGCAGCAACGUAUAGGAUGAUGGUUGAUGGAUUUUGUAAUGAAGGGGACUUUGAUGGGGCUAUGAAGGUUUUGAAUGCAAUGUUAAUGAGCGGGCAUUGUCCUCGUUUGCAAACUUUUGUUUGUUUAGUUGUUGGCCUAUUGAAAGGGGAAAACAGUGAUUAUGCUUGCUUUGUGUUGGAGGAGAUGGAAAAGAGACAAAUGAAGGUGGAUGCUGAGACUUGGAAAAUUUUAGUUAUGGAUGCUUGCGGCCCAGAUGGUGAAAUAGGCAGCCAUAUAAAUGAGUUGAUUUCCUCGCACUGAAUCUGCAAUGAAAAAUAUGGAAAACAACAUCAUUUUUGGUUUCUUCUGUGUUGAAAUACAGACCAACGUGGGAGGAAUGAUGGAUAGCAAAGCUCGAGUAUGGCUUCGCCUGCUUUUAGUGCUAUUUAGCUCUAGGCUUUUGAGUUGUUUGUGAGAUAUUCGGCGCGCAAGAGAUUGAUGUUCUAUGAUGGUGGAUUUUCUUUUGAAUCCUCUGUUUGAGAUAAGGAAAAAGUUCUGAGGCAUCCUUUUUUUUCUUUGCUAUCCGGUGGGGUAUUUGGUUUAAGAGGAAUGAUAGAACUUUUAGAGGGAUUGAGUACUGUUAGAUUUAACACCUUUUGUUGUGGGCAUUAGUUUCUCUGAUAUUGUUUUGUAAUUAUCAGCUAUAUCUUAUAAAAGUCAGUGGACAAGGAAAGUUAAGAAGCUAAAAAUCUUAGGCUUUGUAUAUUUUGUAGGAAAGAGCAUUUUAACUUUGAAUAAAGGUGGUGAUGUGCAGUAAUUAAAGUUAUGGAUAUGUUUAUGCAAUAUGUUAUUGUUCUGAUAGUGUUUGCGUUCUUUCA